CGAACCACUUUCCAUCGCCACUUUGUGCGUGUAGUGUAGGGCCUAGCCAGGCACAGCCAGCAGGCUUCGCCGUUGGUGUGUAUGUGCGCGCGCGCCUUUGGGGAGGGGGGCUAGAGAGCAGUUGGUGGUUGCUCCUCGGCCGAUGGCUGGCCCGCUGCUCGGUUUCUUCGAUUCUGUCCCACGGCGUCCACGCACUUCGUGACGCGAAGUUCCGUGCCUCAUCUCAAAGCUGCUGCGCUCAACGUCGUCUCCGCUGUCUUCAUUCUCCCAGUUGCUUGACCUAUCCGUGCUACUGCUGCCACUGCGCGGGACGAGGCGCCCUUUUGUGAACUCGGCGUCGCAGCUGUCGCCGCGGUGCUCGCGUGUGUGUCUGUGUGUGAGUGAGUGCGCGUAUACGUGCUGCACUCUUUGUUUGCGGUGAGAGAGCUGCCGUUUCCCCCCAAGUCGCCGGCUGCGAGUUACAGGCAGCAGCAACGAGCGUCGUCGUCGUCGUCUCUCUUUCGACGAAGGAGAAAGACGUCGCGGGAUUUCUCGUGUGCCUCUCGUGCCUCAUGGAUCUCGCGCUGGGUUCCCGCUCCGCUGUGCGAUAGCGGAUGCUCAUUGCGCGGUUAUUCUUCGUAGGACCCGUCGACUUCGAGACAGCGGUUGCCGUUGACCCGCGUGCGUGAUUGGGGCGACCGAUCAUCUAUCUGCGUGAUUGGGGCGAUUGAUCAUCUAUCUGUCUGCCAGCCGAUCGGGUGCCACUCGGCCGCUGCCUCGAAUGCCGGCGUGUUGGGCGCGUGUAAGCGGCGGCGGAGGCCGCUGCUGUGUACGAUGAAGGGCGAGUCCGGGAAGGUUGCCGCGCCUCCGCCACCGGCCGUGGGAAACGUCGCCGCUCUGGACGCGUACUCGACCACUCAGGGUCGACGCCUUCGCAUUUGCCUCCUUCGCCAUUCGAUGCGGCCCGUGACCUAGGCUUGAGCCGCAUCCGACGCACCAUGUCUUCGUGGCGCAAGAAGAUGCGUGUCAAGUGGAACCGCAACUUGGACGGUGGUCCGUCGCCGAGCAACGCCGUGGGCGGCGAGGAGUCGCCGCAGCUGGGCCUCUUCGAGCGCCGGGGAUCUCUGCGCAAGCCCUCGGCCCCGGAUGCGGCGAAAGAGGAACCCUUCAAGAGGAGCUGGUCGUUUCGCAUCGGUGGAAGCGGUGGCGGCUCCAAAACCAAGGAUGCGUCGCCCGGCGGCAACGACAAGAACGCUUUCCUGCGCAUGUUCCGUUUCGGCAAGGACAAAAAGAAAGGCGGGCACCAGGAACCCGGCAGGAGACGCAUGUCGGACGCCGCGGUGACCGAGGCGGCGGCGCGCAAGGAGGAACUGUCACAGUGGUCCUCAGUGCCCCUGGACGUCAGCGAAUCGCCCGAGGCGAAACGUCGCCAGGAGGCCGCUCUCGUCAUGCGGGCGCACACGUUGCCGCGCUCUCUGGAGGCUGCCCCCGGCGGCAGUGAAUGUCCAGACGACGCCGGCGGCGACGCCAACGCGAUCUGGGGCCUCAUCUACUGCGAUCCCAAGGCAGAGGUGAACGGUGACGUUAUCAGACUACCGCGCACCAAGUCCCCUAGAAACCGCGAGUCGCGCAGCGGCAAGGUCUUCUCCGACGCGGUGCUUCCGCACUUCCUGUCUCCCGGUCACGACCUCUGCGGCGGUGAUUCCGAGCAAGAUGACGAGAAGAGGGCACUGAAGAAGCUGCUGUUGAACGGAACGUGCCUUGCGGCGGAUGUGCCGAGCGAAAACGCUGACGGCGGUCACUCGGUCGCCAACGGUGCCGUCAUGUCAGGCUGUUCGGAGGCCGUGUCCGCCGAUUGUGGCCCACCUUCGGCCGAUAGCGUGCAGGCAGACUCUGGUGUGGUGAGCGGAGCCGAGAGCUGCAACGAAGGCAAGUUUCUCGUUGCUCAUUCGGACACUGAAGCCGAAGAAGUGCCAAACGCGGCUAAUGAGCCGUGCGAUCACGAAAUCUCGCUCUCGGAACAAGACGGUGAACCUGCGUCGAACGUCACUUUCGUUGUCGAAGUGAACGAGUGCUACCAGGACGACUGCGACCAGACCGAACAGGUACCCUGCAUCGAGAAUAAUCGAGAGGACACUCAACCACUCGCGGAUACCGAAGACGGAUCUCAAAUUUGUACAGACAGUCACGACGGCGCCCCCGAGAUGUGUCCACUCGGGACGAACGCAGACUCGAACGAGCAGGCAGCCAACGAAGACGCCGAGGCGACCGAUUUCGAACCAAGCUGCCAAAGACAGAGACACGAUUCGGCAUCGACCGAUUCGAACUGCGAAGAGUGUCCCGCGCAAGACGAGUUCGAGUUCGUCGCUGCCGAGCCUGCUAGGCCCGAGCAGCAGCGGCGAAUGAGUCGCGAGACCGUCUCUCCCAUCUCCGACGUUUCCGACGACUUCCCGGCCGACGAGAAGGCCAGCUUCAUCUUCCUCAAGCCGGACCGGGCCGGCGAGUCCUUCCUGUCGUCCCUGUCUACGCCCGACGACGAUCUAGACGGCGGCCCGUUCGGGCAUCAGCCUCUCAUCGCUGGAGACGACUGCGGCACUCCAGCAGAGCGCUACGGAAACGGCGUCUGCAGCGAGUCGGACCUGGAGUCCGAGGACCUGAACGAACCCGAAGAACGGGAAGUAAUAAUCGUGGACCACCUGCCCGCCCAGGAGAGCCAGGAUGCCCCGGACGUGUGCGUGAUCGGGAGCGACAUGAUCCAGUCCGUAAACUACGAAACGUUCGUGCUCGAAAACGAGGUCACGCUCGGCACGUCUGGCGCCAGUUCCGCUCAGGAAUCGGCGCAGAGCGGCGGCACACGGGCCAGUACCGCGCGGGCGGACACUCCGCCUCCCGCCGAUGCAGACGGCUCGGCGCCACGCGACGCUGUCGAGGAGGUUCCCGGAGCCAACAAGCUGGAGGCAUCCGAGGGAAGCUUCCAGGACAAGCUUCAGUACUUCAACGCCAUCAGCGCCAGCCCGCCGAAAGCCGCCUCCGAGAGCAAACGUCCGCGCACGUCUCGGAUCCCGACCGCGUCUCGGCUGCCCCGGCCCUCGACCGCUGCUCGUCCGGUGAAGAAAGAAUCCGGAAUACCCGUUCUCACGGUGGCGCCAGUGCCAGCCAAGCGAUCCCGGUUCGGAGCGAAAGUCGGGCAUAUACCGCAGCCGAGCAGGAACAACGGCUGCACGCCUCAGCAGAGACAGCAGGUCACGCCGGCGCUGACAAGAGUGACGGCUGCCGUCGCCCCGAACAGGGAUUGUUCUGUCGCCCCUAAAGUGCCGCUGUUUUCCGGAAUCUCGAAAAACGCCAAGCAUGCGCGGCACGCCGCAGCGGAGAGCAACAUCGCCGCAGAGGAGGCCUCAAAAGCGCAAGAAGCCCCGGGACAGCUGAAGCGCUCGGGCACGUUCGUCCUCGAAGAAUCUGAGCAGCAGCAGCAGCACACGGACGCAGUGCGGUCGGCUUCCUUGCCGCGAGCGGCAGCCGAAAAGGACGUUGUCGUACGAGAAACAUCGUCUGCCUCUCCCAGGCCCAAGCUACACCAGCAGCAAACUACAUCCGGCAAGGACAACGUCAAGGUGGAUAGUGUCCAGAAGCGGCGUGCAGCGUCUCCCGUCGCCCCUGUGGUGCGCGAUGCCGCCAUGAAGGUUGCGGCCACGUGUGUUUCGGCGGCCUCCGCACCGCCCUCGGUGCAAGUGCCUGUGGUCGAUUCGACCGACCGCGCCCUGCCUUCUUCCGAUGGCGACAACGACGAGGAUGCCGUCUGCCCGUGUUGCAAUACGAAGAAAAGCACAGCAGGAGCAGCCACGCGGGUGAAUUCCCAAGGUCCCGGCACAGGUCCUCCCAGCAAGAUAGGGGAGGCGCGAAUCCAGGCCCAGACCAAAGCUGAAUUCACCAAGGAGAUCCAGCGACUGGGUGCUCUGUGCGAGUCGAGAACGAAGGAGCUUACCAUGCUCAAGUUGCAGCUCAGGCAUGCCUCUGCUGGAUUUGCCUCUUUCGCUGUCAUUGUCCAGCACCUCAAUGCGCAGGUUUUGCAGAACAACUCCUUCCGUAUUCCAAAGCUGUCUGAGGAAUUGCGGAAAUCACAAGAAGAGAUUGAGAAGGCCCGCAUUGCCAUUGAGGAGUACAAGAACAACAUAGAAGAGCUCAAGCAGAGCCAUGAAAAGGAAAUCAUUGCAUUGAGGGCAGAGUUGGAAGCAUCACACAAAAAGAGGACGGAAGAGUUGGAGGCAGCCCACCAAAACGAACUGACAGGGUACUUGGAGGCUCAUGCACGGAAGCUCGAAGAAAUGAAGACAUUUUACACGGAUGUAGUCGACAGCAGCCGCAAAAGCAAUGAUGAAACAUUGGACGCAAUGAAACAGAGGCACCGGGAAAAGAUUGAUGCGAUCAAUGAGGAGUAUUCAUUGCAACUGGACUCCAUCAAUGAGGACCAUCAAGCACGUUACAAAGAACUUGAGCAGAGGUAUGAAGCCCUUCAACAACAAUACAAGCAAUUGCAGCAACAGGCCAGGGAGUUCCAGGAAUCCGUGCUCUCGGACACAGAUGCCAAGAUCCAGUGGCUUUCCAAGAAAAAUGCAGAUCUACAAAAGGAAGUGGAAAGCUUGAAUGUGGUUCUUGAGAUGCGUGCCAACCAGAUACAAAACUUGCAACAUACCAAGAUAGAACUGGAAAGAAAGGAGGAGGAAUUGGACCGGUGCAAGGUAAAAAUGCAGAAGAUGGAGGCACGGAUUGAAGACCUUCAGGAACUGCUGAACGAAAAAGCCAAGGUUCAAAGCCAACUGUCUGUGGAAAAUGCCAGGCUCAGAGAAACUUCGGAGAAGCAGAACCGCCAGCUCUCUCGGCUGGACAUGCACAACGAGGAGCUGAAGUACAAGUUGCGCGAAAGCGUCAGCUCUCCUAUGCGUGAUGGUGGGAACAAAGCAAGGGCUCGUAGCACGGCCCAUAAGCGGUACUCCGUGGCUGACCCAACGGCCAUGUCCCAGUCCUGGCACGCAGCCGACCACCAGUCGUCUCCGCGUGCCAGCAACGGCGGAGGCAGACUGCUGGGUGGAGCACACGGGCUGCACCGAAGCAACCAGACGUCCCACUCCCUUCCACGCGGAUCCUCCGAGGGAUUUCAACCCAGGAUGCGUCGCAGCAUGUCCGAGACUUCGCCGCCGCAAGAUGCCUGCGUGCAGCAGCUCUUCGCGUCCUUCACAGCAGAUGUCAGUGGCGAUGGCAGCACCGACGAAUCGUUACCUACCUUCGAGAACUCUCCCUGCUCUCAGGACGACCUCCUAAGGCUGACGUGGGUCAAAGAGGACGGCGACAUUCUCCAACAAGAUUCCGUAAGCCCGAACACUCCUCGCGUGGACUCGUCUUGACAAGGCGCAGCAGCCGCGCAACGUUCUUCCACAAGAUGCGGUGCAUCCACUUCGCAGCUGCCCAGAGCCAGGGGCUCGCAAGUGCCGCGCUUGCGCGUCACCCCGACCACCGCAACGCGUGCCGUGCUAAACAGGUCUCCUCGCUCGUCGGCGGGCGAAGAGAUGGCCCCAGAUGAAGAUGCAGCGGAUUGUCGGGAAGCAAGGCUGAGAUCGACUAUGGGGCAGGCUAGGUGCGGACGUACUUAGGCACUACUUACCAUGUGUCUCCAUCGAGGGCCCCCUUGUUCUUUGCAAAUCCCCCCGCCCCCGCUGGUUUGUGCAUCUCGCUUUUUCGUCGGCUCCAUCCACGAUCGCCAUUGCCAUGGGCUGCUAGUCAAACUGAUGUCUGUUCACUCCUCACUGUGUUAGUUAAUGAUUCUUUGUUGACUGUGUGAAUGGUUGCUUCUUGUGACUGCAGGCUCUCUGAAUACGUCAUCUUCUUUAGCUGCUUUCGUGCGUGUCCUGAAAGAAAAAAAAAACUUUGUGGGACCAUUUUGUUGCCAUCGUUCGGCAAGUGGCGGCUACCAAAUGUGCAUCUCAGACGUUGCAAAUGGCUUUCUGGUGUUCUCGUGGAGGGACAUUUCUUUUCAGCUCCUUUACCUUUGUUUUCCUUUUCUUAACUAAAAAAAGAAUAGGGAUGUAUGUGUUAUAUUUUUAUAUCCUUGUGAUAAGUGUUUUACUGAUACAUUGAAAACUUUUUUUUUUUGGCUGUUUAAUGCUGUCAAUUUUUUAAAAAGUGUACAUCAUGAAAAAUUGUCUAUACAGAUCAACAUUCAUUGCCUGUUAGUAAUUGUGCUCUUAGAUUGCUUACUUUUUUUACUGUUGUUUUAGUUCCUCACAUGGAAAUAAUGUUGCUGGUAUGUUGAGGCUGUGAUAGCUGGCGUUGAAUGCAUGGCACAUACUUCAGAGAGGAAAGCACUGUUGCAAGCUGUGCUUUGCAAAAGUUAUUUACUGCAACGUUGCUUUGACAUUUAUUUUAAUCUAUCAAGUGAAUUUGGGCGACAUGGUCAGAGCUUAAGUGUUUUGACUUCGUUUUGAAUACUAUAAAUAUUUCAAUUCCCUCCCCUCUAGCUUCCAUUUUUUUCUCCCCCUAGUUAAGUGCAGCUAUAUUUACGAGAGCAUGCACUGUUCCACUGUUUGCACAUCAGCAAGAUAAUAAAACUUGAGACCACA